AUGUUGAAUUCAACAAAUUUUUCUACCAACGCCUCACAGGUCGCUUUCCCCGUUCCCCAAUACAACUGGAACGUGCGACUGGCAGUGGGCUUCAUGAUCAUCGUUUGCUUUUUCUUCUUUGCCUACUUUGUGGCUGUGACAUUAAAUGUCUUCCUCAGAAUGCCGCAACUACAGGAAAACGCGCGCUAUAUCCUCUUCGUCCACAUGCUCAUCAACGACUCGGUGUACUUCGUGUUUGGUUUGAUUAUGCUGUUUGCCGUCAUCGUUAGAGCACCGAUCCCUGGGCCGAUCUGUUAUGCACUGGUCACGCUGUCUUCGGCAACCUUCAAGGCAACGCCAUACACCUUGUCCACCAUGGCUCUGGAACGGUACGUGGCCAUAUGCUUCCCUUUACAGCACUACAAGCUCUGCAGCGUCCAGAUGGCCAAGGUUGCCAUCCUACUCAUAUGGGUGUUGGGCUCCACCCCGUAUAUUUGUGAAAUCAUUGUCGUCCUCAGUACAAGCAGCAAUAAGCUUAGUUCGCUUUACGUAAUUUGCACGCAGCAAACCGUGAUCCUGGUUCCGUUUCAAAAUACUCUACGUCUCCUAAGCCUUGUGUUACUGUUUACCAUUGUUGGGCUUAUCAUCAUAUGUACGUACAUCCAGAUAGUCAUCAUAGCCCACAAAAUAAGCUCCAGAUCAUCUUUGGCCUCCAAGGCCAGUAAGACCAUAAUGCUUCAUGCUUUCCAGCUUUGCCUUUGCAUGGCCUCCUUGCUUUCUGUGCUGACGGAAACAUUUCCUUACAAUUUCAUUGACUUCUUACCUUUAGUCAAUUUCUUUGUCUAUACUUGUUUACCGAGAUUCCUAAGUCCUGUCAUCUAUGGACUCCGAGAUGAACUGCUGAGGAAAUACAUUAGACAAGAAGUCCUGAAAAACCUUCAUUGCUUCCUAAACAGCAAAAGAUGA